GGGCAGCUCAACCAUUCUUAUUCCCUUGCGUAGAGAACGGCAAUCAUUGGAUCCUAAUCGUGGCAGAUGUUAACACAAAAAGAAUACACAUCGUCGACUCGCUUAGCACGGCCCUUGAGAGAGACCAUGGAACGUAUACCUAACCGGAUGGAAAGGCGAGAAGACGGCCAAGAACGCGCAGGCGAUCUACAGGCGACCCAGGCAUCUGAAGAUGCACGGCUACAGGAGAGAUUGGAAGACGAGCAGGAGCAAGGAGGACAAGGAUCAACGAAGCUCAUAGCCGCGACGGUCCUGCAACUUCAAUGGGCAACGGGGGCGGAGGAGCAAAUCCUACCAGCAGGCAGCAAACCACCCACGAAAUGUCAAUGGAUGCAGUCAAUUUGUGCUGAAACACAUCCUAGGAUACCGAGUGUUCAUGACGAAAGGUGCAGGGGAGGGGAGAAAGGGUAAGAGUGAUCUUCGCCUUGUGACGCUAGUACAUGCGGACCUUCUCCCUCGUCCCUCCCCCCUGCUCUGCCGCCGC